AGCUCAGCAUGUGAAUGGGUCUAGGUCGGAGGUUGAAGACGAUAAAACGGCUGAGCGUAAUGUCUUUCUGGGAAGGGUAGGUCCUGCAGGUGGAGGAGAGUUGUCCUGAAUCGAAUUACACGUGAUGAUGCCCAGCUCCCACUUCGUCAUCUAUCCCAGCGUCGUUCGGGCACAUAGCCAACUGUUUGUGCAGGUACGAGAGAAGAGGCAGCAGGGUGGGGGGUCGUUUAGAGGGGAGCGACAUGCGCCGCAUUUCAGCACCUUCCUGUAUUAUGGCAACAGGACGGUUCCCGGUGGCGAUACUGGGAGGAGAAGGGGGAAGAGGGAGCCAUGUUUCUUAGGACAGUUAGUAUGACAUAUCACCAGGUCCACCAUACACGCGUUUCCCGGAACAGGUAUCGCCUUCCCCCCCGCCGGUCUUUGUUGGAGUUUUGCUUGCUGUUUUCUGCAAUGCUUCAACUCUGUAAGAUCUUGCCUGUCCAGAACAGGAAGGCAACUUCUUUUUUCCCCCGGCACCUGGUCAAUGACGAACGACGUACUGACAUAUCCCGUCCCGGCCCAUCGUGGUGACAGCCCAGCC